AGUAGCAUCGAAAUUCUUUUAAGAGUUGUGUAUAUACCCUUACAUUUGCAUACAUAUAUAGUUUUUAUCAUAUAUAAAUUGUUAAUUUAUUAUAAAUUUAAGUAAUACUUAAAAAGUGUUAAAAUCAGAUACAAAAAAAAUAUAAAAGUAUGUGACGUGAAUCUUUUUUGAACACGACCAAUAUAUAAGAAGAAAAAGAAUUAUGCAUGAUUACCAUAAAACUACAAAUAUUGCAACAAGUUAUAUAUGGUAUUCGUUCUAAAUACAGAUAUGAAUUCGCCGAUGCUAAAUGACUCCAAGGCACCAAUUUAUUGUGGAAAGUCUAUGGAUGACUUCCAUACUGCAUAUUUUCAACUACACGGCUAUAUUUCCCUUAUAGUGUGCACUCUGGGUACAAUUGCAAAUAUUUUGAACAUUAUCGUUCUGACAAGAAAAGAAAUGCAAUCACCGACAAACUUUAUUUUAACAGGCUUAGCUUUUGCGGAUUUAUCCGUAAUGAUUGAAUACAUACCAUAUGCAACACAUUCAUAUAUUCACAAAUAUAUGGGAUACAGCGACGAGCAAAUAUAUACAUAUAGUUGGACGGUAUAUGUAAAAUUUCACUCAAUAUUUGGACAAAUUUGCCAUACAAUAUCAAUUUGGCUGACCGUAACUUUGGCAAUAUGGCGCUAUAUUGCAGUUGCUUAUCCCCAACGUAAUAGGAUUUUAUGUGGCACCAGAAAUACAGUAAUUACAAUUGCUGCAGCAUAUGUAAUAUGCCCAUUAAUAGUUGUACCGCCAUCAUAUUUAAGUUUUGAUGUAACUCACAAAGUGAAAACUGUUUCAGAUUUUGAUGAAUACAAUAAUGAGAACAUUUAUCAUUGGAAAGAAAUAAACUCAUCGGAAUAUGUAACAGAAACAUUACAUCAAAAAACUACAUUUUCAACACAUUUGAAAGGUGACCAAAGUUCGUUCAGAACUCGUAACAUAACUUUAUAUAAUAUUCAAAUAAGUGAAUUAGCAAGAGAAUACGAAAUGUUGUAUCAUCUAAAUGUAUGGAUAUAUGCAAUAAUUAUAAAAUUAAUACCAUGCAUAGCACUUACAAUACUAAGUUUAAGACUAAUUGCUGCUUUAUUAGAAGCAAAACGCCGACGCAAGCUUUUGGCAUCUCAUAAUAAAAGUGAAAUUAAAUUAAUUGGUGAGAAAACAGUUUCAAAGCCAAGAAAACAUAAUAAAGCAUUGGAAAAAGAAAAACAAACCGAUAGAACAACGAAAAUGUUAUUAGCAGUGCUGUUAUUGUUUUUGAUAACAGAAUUUCCACAAGCCAUUUUGGGUUUUCUCGUAUUAUAUUUGGAAAAAACUUUUAUGUUUAAUUGUUAUUUAAAAUUAGGUGAUCUUAUGGAUAUAUUGGCUCUUAUUAAUUCAGGAAUUAAUUUCAUAUUGUAUUGCUCAAUGAGUCGACAAUUUCGUCUAACUUUUAGUUUACUAUUCCGACCAAAAUUUCUAGAUAAAUGGCUUCCAGUACCACAAAACGAUAUCAGAACACAAAGAGGCACGGAAACAAUUUAUUUAACUACACAAGUGACUCAAAUUUAACAUAGCGAGAGAUUUUUAAUAAGGAGAAUCGGCUGUCUUUGAAAAAUAACAAUAAUUUAAUCAUUAAGCGGAUAUAUAAAUACAAUUACAAGAGAAUAAAUUGUGGAAUGAAAUUAGGAAAAUGGGAUAUCAAAGUAUGGAAAGUAUGGAGUUUAUCAAAAGCUUGGAAGGGAAAGAAAUCUCAAACAUUUUUAAUUUUUUAUAAUUUUUUACUGAAAUUUGCAAUUUAAUUUUGACGUCUAAAAAUAUUGAUAAAGAUUUAUUUAUAUUUUAUCUAUUUAUAAUAAAAUUUCUAUAAAUUUUUAAUAUUUUCUCAAA